AUGAGUAAAGUAAUCGAUAAUUAUAUUCUUAAAGAAAUAGUCGGAAGUGGAUAAUAUGGCAAAGUAUUUAAAUCUACGCAUUUAAAAACAGACUAAACAUAUGCAAUAAAAGUUAUAAAACUUGAAAAAUUUAAAGCAGUUCCUUAAUUACAUUAAUUUACUUUAAAUGAAAUUCAAACAUUAACAAAAAUAAAUAACCCAAACGUUAUUCGUUUCAUAGAAAUGUUAAGAAGUUAAAAUAAUGUAUAUUUAGUAUACGAAUUCUGCGAAGGUGGCACACUCGAAGACAUUUUAAAACAGAAAAAAAUUCUUUCUGAAAAAGAAGCCUUAGACAUUUUUCAAUAAAUAAUAAAUGCUUUUAAAUGUAUGUUUAGGGAAAAUAUACUCCAUAGAGAUUUAAAGCCAUCUAAUAUUUUACUCCAUAAUAAUAUAAUAAAAGUUGCAGAUUUUGGUUUUUGUAAAAGCCUUCUUUCUGCCACUGAUCUUACUUAAACAAUGGUCGGAUCUCCUAUAUAUAUGGCCCCUGAGAUUCUUAAAGGCUGUAAUUAUAAUAUUAAAGCCGAUAUAUGGUCCAUGGGAGUAGUUCUUUUCGAAAUGCUAUUCGGAUAUUGCCCAUAUGAAGAUAAAACUAUAGCACUUCUCAUAAAUUAAAUUGAUACUAAACCCCUUUUCAUCCCUAAAAAUAUAAACAGCAUUUCCAUUUAAUUAGAAGAGCUCCUUAUUAAAAUGCUCACAGUGGACCCUAAUAAAAGAAUCGAAUGGACAACAUUACUUAAUCAUCCUCUUUUUGACAAAAACACGAAAAAACAAGCUGUACAUAAAACCAAGAAAACUAAAAAGUAAAUAAUUAAGAAAGUCUAAAUUUAUAUAUUAAAUAUAUGGUUUUUAUGCGAAAUAAAAUCCUUUUUUAACUAAAAAUACUAAGUGACAUUCUUGAAUAAAAAGACUGUCAAAACUGUCCCAUUUUAAGCUUCUUAUUUAUGAAAAGCAUAACAAAUUAAAUUAAAUAAUUGAAAAAUUCGCUAAAUAUAUAUUUAAAAACUGAUGAAGAUAUAAGUAAUUAUAAUUCAUUUUGUUAAAUAAUAAAUAAGGAAAUCGAAUGCGUUUAGUCUUGCUUGAAUUCUUUUCUGGAAGAAAUCAAUAAGGUUAUAUUUAAUACUAAUAAUUCAUUACUGAAAAUAGAAUAAAAUAACAUUCUUAUAGAUUUCGAAUUUUUCAAAAAUUCGGUUAUUAGUUAUGUCAAAAAUAAAUAAGAUAACAAUAUCAAUUUAGAGCAUUUAAAUGAUGUCUUAAAUUGCUUUUUGGUAGAUACUUAUUUCGAUAAUCUUUUCGAUUAGAAAUUUAAUGAAAAUUAAGUCUAGAUUUAGUGUAAAAAUAUCCAAUUUAUGUAAGAUUUGGUUAAUUA